ACUGAAGUCAAACUACUAAACUUUCAUGUACUGACAGAGGUGUCCUCUCUCUUUGCAUACAGUCUCCUGAGAUAAAUCUCAUUCACCCAUUCACUAAUUCAUUCACACACCAAUUUCAGGUUUGGUAUCUUCAACAUGCUGACCGGGGGAGCUGGGGAUCGUACUACCAAUCAUUUGAUUAGUGCACGAUCUGCUCUGCCUCCUGAGGCAAAGUUAAGACGUGCUGUGUGCGCUCCACCACUUGUCUGUUUGUUUUAUCAGAGACACACUGAGAACCAAUGCUCCUGUUUUUACUAUUUUAAGUCACUCCUUUUCUUCUGGGUGUUAAAUGUGAACACAAAGUGUCCUAACGUGGCUUCAGAAGCUGCCUGUUCAGCUCCAAAACUCACUGGCACGGACUUUAGUCUCAGGUGGUGUUAUAUUCCUUCAUUUGCUGUUUUGAUAGUGAGCUUCAGCUGGCCUGCACUUUAGUGUGAGUGCAGGUGAGUGCUUUAUUGUGAAAAGCAGCACAGGAAGCUCUUGUUCUCAUGCAGUCUGGCUUGUUUGCCGCUGAUGUGAAGGUGCAGCACCCCCCAUCAUUCCUAUCAGAGCUGCUGCUGCUGGGGUCCUGUAACUCUCUCUCUCUCUCUCUCUCUCUCUCUCUCUCUCGCUCGCUCUCCUCCUUCCUCCUCCUCCUCUUCCUCCCUCCACCUCCUCCCAUCUCCCACUUUUGAUGGGGGGGUGCAGCGGUGAAGUCACAGUGAUGUCAUUUUAGGAUGUGAGAGUCGGGCAAGGUGAGCUGGUUUUGCGGUGAGUGGUGUCCCCUCCACGGCCAGCGUUGCCUGUACAGAGGCGCGGAGCGGCGAAAGAUGAUCAUCGCCACCGGCACCAAUUCAAGCUCCGACGCGCUCUGUCCCUCUCCUCCUGCUCAGAUCUCGGGCUAUGGGGCCUUGAUCUGCCUUGAUCCCAAACUAAGCCUUUACCACCACCAUGCCAAAGGACAGAACAUAAGAAGAGUUGCAUUUUUAGGGCAGGUAACUUUGACCACGUGCCCCAAAGGUAAACUGGAUGGCCAUUGCGCAAAGGUGCCUCUACAGUAUGUCCAGCGGGGCCAGGACGCACUGGACGCUGCCAGCAGUUAUUGUACUGUGGACUUCUCUCUGGGGGAUCGCCUCAUCUUAUCCGAUUCCGAGCAGGACUAAUGCGACUUUAUUGGAAAAGAAGUGGGAGACCCUCUUCUCCCGCUCCUAUCUGGGUAUAAACGGGGGGAAAUCGGAGCUGAACUGGGAGAGUGACUAUUUGCAGGGCAUCAAAAGAGUGCGACGACUGUACUGCAACGUGGGCAUUGGGUUUCACCUGCAGGUGCUCCCGGAUGGCAGGAUAAGCGGUGCACACAAUGAGAACCAAUACAGUCUAAUAGAGAUCUCCACCGUGGACCGAGGAGUGAUCAGCUUGUUCGGAGUGAGGAGUGAGCUGUUUGUCGCAAUGAACAGCAGGGGAAGGUUAUACGGAACGAGAGUCUUCGUGGAUGAGUGCAAGUUCAAGGAGACUUUGCUGCCCAACAACUACAACGCCUAUGAGUCUUUUGUUUACAAGGGCUUCUAUAUCGCCCUCAGCAAGCAUGGCCGCGUAAAGAGAGGCAACAAGGCCACCACCGCCAUGACUGUCACACAUUUCCUCCCGCGGCUAUGAGAGAAACUGGCAAUAACUCAGUAAUUUGCACAUGUGGAUGUUCUUCCAGGUAACAUAGAAAUGCAUAGUCAUGAUAUACACACACCGACGGACUGCGAGAGAAAACACAAAUAUUUAUUCUGUUUAUAUAUAUGUAUAUUUGGAUAGCUAUCUUUGUAUAUGUACUGUGCUGCUUAUUGUUUUUAUGGACGGGGAGAGUUGAAGCCUUUGCCUGUCUCACUUUACCUUGGUGCUUGCUGUAACUGAACUACGUGUCACUUCCUUUUUUGAGAUGGAGGAUGAGCUAUAUCCUGUGCUUUUAAAGAGUGAAAUGAAUACUUUUUAUUACCUCAAAGAACCACUUUACUAGAUUAAGGGAUGCAUGGACUUCUGCUCAAAUAUCUGCUAAGUUUAUCAUUUCUUUCAAACCUUUGAGCGCUUGAUGGCUCCCCGCUCGAUUAUCGAUGUCCGGCAAUUGGGGAGGGAGGGUCGGGGUGGGUGGGGUGGGGAUUUAAAUGCACUACCUUUGCUGCACGAUUUAAAGGUGCCUUGGUGUUCCCACUUGUGGCCCCCUUAAACUUGCAUGUAAGAGACACCCGCUGGAGUCAGAAAUAGGGCUGACACUCCGGAGAGGGCCUCAGAGGGGGGGUGGGGUUUGACUAUCUCUGGUUUAUUUUCUUUUCUGUAAUUAGAUCGAUUAAGUAAUAUACAAUCUGUGGUCGAGACCAGAGAGCGGUGAGCCAUGGAGGCUGGCACGAGGCCAUGAGUUUGACUGUGUGGCAUCGCCAGCGAAUAAACAGGGUGGAACACUUAUCUAUCCGAGCAUGGAGAACAUUUUUGUUUGAACCUGGCAAGAAAGGAUAGAUCUGCGAGUGCACAGGAAUGAAAUGUACCUGCACAUUGUCUUGGACAGAGUUUCUGCAGUGAAGCGGGUUCGUCGUUUUGUUUUGUUUUGUUUUUUUUUGUUUUUUGGAACCGCAAAGCUUUUAGCUGCUGCUGGAAAUGAUGUCUAACUUGUCCUUGAAAACCAAUGAAAACGUGUAAAUAGUCGCUAAAUGUUAAAAGAAGAAUUCAGGAGCUUUUUGAACGCUGCUUCGUCGCAGUUGCCUGAACGAGGCAAAAAGAGUUCAGGAUGCACAGAUAACCAUCGACGAUGGUGCCUAAAUGUUUUUGGUAAGAAUCGUUCCCACGUGUUUGUUCGUGUCUCUUUUUGAUUCAAUCUUUGUGUGUGUGUGUGUGUUCGGUGGAGUAUGUGCGUCCCCCCCCCCCCCCCCCCCCCCGCUUUGUCUGUGUGCUCUGCAGCAGCACUGCAGUGGCAGCAAGGUUUUUAGGAGAUGGAGACAGAUAGUUUUAAAUGUAAUUAGGGAUGAGUAAAUCGGGCGGCCUGAUGGACUGGAGGACAGUGCAGUUUGGUGGACUGGAUGCACGCUAUAAGAAAUAUUGUUGAGUUCAGCUUGAUUUUAAACAUGUUGCGGGCGUAAAGAGAGCACUUGGGUGUUCAUAAAGCUGAAGACGAACCAUGCUUUGUACACUUACUAAUAUAGAGUUAAUAUCUUGUUACCUAUCCACAGUUUCCGAGUCUUACAGCGUGCAUCUGCCUGCGUACCUGCUUCUGCAGCUGUUUUCUAGAAAACCCUGAUCCUUGCUCCGCCAUCAGCCUCCAUCCGUUCUUGCGUUUCGAGAGGAAGCAGGACUAUUUCAAUCCAGGAAAAGACACAUGCGAGGGAGCCGGCCUGCUGUCUUUGUUGUUUGUCAAACCCGCUGGAGGAAUGUGGAUCUGCCAGGAUGACAGGCAGCCACCCACAUACCUGAGUGGCUCCCCCCUACUGAGCUCUGUCACCCCCAACCACCCACCUCUGCCUGUCCCUUACCCCCCUCACCCACUUGCAGGCAGGGACCUUGGGAUUCCAGCUGUAACCCAGGAGCUUCCUCCUCUCCUUUCAGCCUUUUUUAGUUCAAGGUCAGAGUCACAGACCAGCCUUGGCCCCAACCCCAGUGGCCAGGGUGGUCGGCUAUAUAGGUCGUACUGUUUCCAUGAAAUAGGAAUUUGAAGUAUCUUUUUGACACAGAAAACACUUUAUUUUACGCUUGAACACUAUAAUUUAUUGAAUGGAUGACCCCGAGAGUUGCUCUCCAACUGACUGGUAUCUCUCGUAGUUCCUCGCGAUCUGCAACAUUUUUUUAAAAACGACUUCCCUUUUCUGGAUUUAGAAAAGGGAAGUCGUCACACCUCUUUAAAAUGCAGCUCAUGCUGUUCCCUCCCUUUUCCAAGUACUUGUGUUGGGAUAUUUCUGGGGAGGGGACAUCUGCAGAGUUAAUGCAGUGUGUGAGGAGCAGAGUCACGCAGAGCCUCACCUCUCCUGCUGCACUCCGAGCCAUCCUCAGGAUGUGCCCUCUGCUGCUGCUUCAGCUUCAGCUUCAGCUUCAGCUUCAGCUGCUGGGCGCUGCCACGACCCCGAACACCUUCCACCACCACCAUGCACUGACACAGUAUCACCUGCUGCUCAACUGUGUGACGCACAGAUCGAUUUCACAACAGUAUUUUUUUCUCACAGAUUAAUCUCUCGCUCUUUUAUGUUCAGAGGACUUUGUUUUGUUGUUGCAAGACGCAGCACGGCAGAGCAAAUAUCGGGAGCUUGGCUCACACUGAGAGACUUGUUGCUGCUGUAGAUGAGGCUGCAUGGAAAAAAAUUUCUUGUAGGGAAGAAAAUAAUCAUCGUUUCUGGCUGAAGUAGCGUACAAAAUCCACGGUUUCAGCGUUUUCGGCUGAGGAAGGUGUGGAAGUGAACUUUGCGCAUGCACAGCGAUGAGCACUCGUCUCUAGCAGCACCUUAUUAAUAACAUCUUGAUUAUUAAUUAGUCUAAAAAGGGAAUUUUCUUUUUUUUUCUGUCAUGAAAUAGAGCCCAACAGAGGGACGGUCUGUGUCUAAAACAAAAAGCUCACCUUUCAGCUUUGACCAAAAGAAAUGUAUCCAGAUUUAUCUGUCGCCUCUUUUUUUUCUUUCCACAGCUUAUCAUAGAUCAAAUUUAAAUUAAUUCAAGGUGAGGAAUAUCUUUUUUAAAUCAUGUUUAAUGUUCUAUUAGCAUGCCUGAGCCCCGAGCUUAAUUAGGGGUGUGUGCUUCAUGUGUUUUUGUUUUUGUUUUGAACUCCUGCUCUAAAAAGGGAGUGAGCCUCCACUCUAUUCCUCUCAUCUCUGUUCUCAUAUACCUCACCCUCUGCCUUAGUUUUGGUUUGCUGAUGACUGUAAAUUAAGACGAAACAAACUUCAGUUAUUUGUUUCCGAAAAACAGACAAUGCUAAGUAAGGAUAUUAAAGUUUUUUCCUUUUAUUUUUGUACGUAUGUGCUGUGCACAGCAGUCUACUGUAUUCCUGAGAUAACAAUAAAAGUUUUUUUUUUAACUGGUUGCUGGUAACGUGUCCUUUUCUCUCUACGAAGAAGUACUCAGACUC